AUGAAUCUAGAAGAUAAUGCUAUGGGUUUAACCACUGAACAAACUGACAAAAUACUGCAGUUUCAAGAUUUAACAGGUAUUGAGGAUAUGUCAAUAUGCAGAGAUGUAUUGCAAAGACAUCAGUGGGACUUGGAGGUAGCCAUACAAGAGCAGCUUAAUAUAAGAGAAGGCAGACCUUCUGUGUUUGCAACUGAGGCACGGGCACCACCAGUAGUCCAUGAUCACAUAGCACAACAAGUGUUUACCGAUGACUCACCAGAAGGUCCUGGUGGAGUUACAGGCCUCUUCCGCUAUGUAGUCAAUCUAGUUGUAUCUGUGUGUUAUAGUACAAUAUCCUCUGUAUUGAACUUAUUGUUAAGUUUCAUAAGGAAUGAUGAUAGAAGAUUGGUAACGGAUCCACUUGGUGAUGUCAUGGGCUUUAUCAACAGUUACACCAACAGAUACAACUCCCAUCCUGUCUUCUACCAAGGCACAUAUGCUCAGGCUCUUAAUGAUGCCAAAAAUGAACUUAGGUUCCUUAUUGUAUACCUACAUUCAGAGUCAGCAGCAGAGACACAAAACUUUUGCAGGAAUACACUCUCAGAUCAUGACGUGAUCAGCUUUAUAAACACACAUGCCCUGUUUUGGGGUUGUUCUGUAGACACAUCAGAGGGAUGGAGAGUUGCUCAAUCUGUGGGUGGGCGACGCUACCCAUUGUUAUGUCUAGUCUGUGUUCGCGAUCACAGGAUGACGGUUGUCGCUAGAAGUGAAGGCUCCUGCUCACCACAGCAACUUAUUAAUAGAUUACAGAGAAUUGUAUCUGAGAAUGAACCUUAUUUAAAUGCGGCAAGGGCUGAUAGAGUGGAACGCGAAGUGACAGCACGUUUGCGUGCUUCCCAAGACGAAGCAUAUGCGGAGUCUUUGGCCGCUGAUCAGGAGAAAGAGAGACGUCGGGCCGCCGAGAGGGAAGCCAAGGCCCAGAGGGAGCAGGACGACUUGAACAAGCGCCAGCAGGAGGAGAGGAGGAAGCAGGAGGUGGUAGAAGCUCGUGAAACAAUGGCUGCUCAACUGCCCGAAGAGCCCAAAGCAGGUCCUGAAGCUAUAGCCCUGCUCAUAAGACUGCCCACGGGCGAGAGGCUAACUCGACGAUUCCUAUUCGCUCACACCACUCAGGAUCUAUACGACUUCGUGUUCAGUCAUCCACAAUCGCCCGAAGAAUUUGAAAUAACAACAAAUUUUCCAAAGCGCGCCAUUUCUCGUGGUCCGUCAAAACUUAUUGACGUGGGUUUGAAAGAUCGUGACGUUCUAUUUGUUAACGAUGUCAAUGCAUAA